AACAAAGAAAAGCCCUAAACCAAACUCUUGAAAAGUCUUCCACCUCCCUCAUAUUUCAUUCAUUCAUUGUCCUUAUUCUGGUUCUUUGAAGCCUUGGAACCGACUCCGUCUCCUUCUGCUCUGCUUUCCUGCCUCUAAUAACUCCCAUGGAGAAUUACAGAUCCAAGUCCUGUAGAGAUGGGAGGAACACGCAGAUGGAGGUCUACUAUGGAGGCAGCAGAGAUGAGAGGAAUAUGCAGAUGGAGGUCUACUAUGGAGGCAAGGCAGCUGCUCCACCACCACCACCACCACCAACAAGCAUGAGAGAUCUCAGGAGUUACAGUGUCAACUAUACUGGCUCCGGUAGUUCUGGUGCAUACCCAAAUAAUCAGAUUGUUAAAGAUGUGAAGAUCAAGAAAGGCAAGAGCAGCUUGGGGACAUCCACGUCAAAGAUCUGGAGCUUGGCUGACCCAGAGUUGCAGAGGAAGAAGAGGGUUGCUGGAUACAAAGUCUAUUCAGCUGAGGAGAAGAUGAAAGGGUCUUUCAAAAAAAGCUUUAAGUGGAUUAAGAGCACCUACACCCAAGUAGUCUAUGGCUGGCGAUGAUUGAUCAAAAUGGGUAUUUGAAAAACAGAAAAAAACAAAAAAAAGAAUAAAUCUUUCUUGGGUUUGUGUACUCAGCACUGCAUGUUGUUCUGAAAUGUGAAGUUCAUUUAUAUAUCUUUUGGCAAUCUUGGAUGCUAAAGAAUUUAAUUUAAUAAAAAGAAAAGAAUCAGAUACUUUCGUUUGUGUUCUGUAUAUCUAGUUAUAGUUCUGUAAUUUCUUUUCCUUAGUUGGGUUCCAAGACAGCAGCUGUAGUCGAUUUUUGGCUAAGCAAGAAACCUGGGUAGUCUAUGAUAUCAAAUGUGUAUACAUGGUUGUUUCUUUUCCUAAGCCAAUGUGAUUGAGAUCUGUAGUGGCAUGAUCGAUGUUUUUGGACUUCAAAUGGUUGAAGGUCUGUUGUAGGGAUUUCUAAGUUUCUUUGAAGGGGAAUGUAAUGUCUGUCAUAUUCUGACAUGGAUCAUACAGUACUUAUAUGUGAGCAGAGAAGAUUAUACUA